ACAUUUAAUUUUGAUUACAAGUAAAAAGAGAUCGUCUCUUCUUCUUUCCCGGAAAAUCCUCAUUUUUGACUUGCUCAAUUUUGCUUCCUUAGACCCAAAAAUCCAACCCUAACCCUAAUCGACAUUUUCUCCGAUUUCUUAAUUCUCCGGUGAAAAUGUCUCACCUUGAUGAUCUUCCUUCUACUCCCGGAAAGUACAAAACCGAUAAAGUUCCUCCGUACGGGAUUCUCCACCACCACCGUUACCUCCGUCUCUCGAAACUCACACUUUGGGCUUCUCUCUUCCUCGCUCUGUUCCUCUUCUACCUCGUUUUAUCUCCUCCUCCGUCACCAUCUCGCCGGAAUCUCAACGAUUCUUCCUCAAUUUCCGCCGCUAAAUACGGUGGCUCUCACUGGGAGAAACAAGUUCGUAAAUCCGCUCGUCCUAGGUCUCGCGGCGGUUUAACGGUAUUAGUCACCGGAGCUUCCGGAUUCGUCGGUACUCACGUCUCGAUCGCGUUACGAAGACGCGGCGAUGGUGUUCUAGGUCUUGACAAUUUCAAUCGGUACUACGAUCCAAAGCUUAAACGAGCAAGACAAGGUCUUUUAGAACGAUCAGGUGUUUUCGUUGUUGAAGGCGAUAUUAACGACGCCGUUUUGCUUAGAAAGCUCUUUGAUGUUGUCCUCUUCACACAUGUUAUGCAUCUAGCUGCUCAAGCUGGUGUGCGUUACGCAAUGCAAAACCCAGGAUCGUAUGUGAACAGUAACAUUGCUGGGUUUGUGAAUUUAUUAGAAGUGUCGAAAUCAGCGAAUCCGCAGCCUGCGAUUGUGUGGGCUUCGUCUAGCUCUGUUUAUGGUCUCAAUUCGAAAGUACCCUUUUCGGAGAAAGAUCGAACGGAUCAACCGGCGAGUUUAUACGCGGCGACGAAGAAAGCUGGUGAAGGAAUUGCACAUACUUAUAACCAUAUCUAUGGUUUAUCGCUUACGGGUUUGCGGUUUUUCACUGUUUAUGGACCUUGGGGUAGACCUGACAUGGCGUAUUUCUUCUUUACUAAAGAUAUUCUUAAAGGGAAGACGAUUACGGUUUUUGAAUCUCCUGAUAAAGGUAGUGUUGCUAGGGAUUUCACUUACAUUGAUGAUAUUGUAAAAGGUUGUUUAGGUGCGUUAGAUACUGCUGAGAAGAGUACUGGUAGUGGUGGUAAGAAGAAAGGUCCUGCUAUGUUUAGGAUUUAUAAUUUGGGGAAUACUUCGCCUGUUCCGGUAACUAAGCUUGUGACUAUAUUAGAAAAGCUUUUGAAGAUGAAAGCUAAGAAAAAGAUCAUGCCUUUACCGAGGAAUGGGGAUGUUGAGUUUACUCACGCGAAUAUCACGUUAGCGCAAGCAGAGCUCGGUUAUAAACCUGCGGUUGAUCUUGAGACGGGUUUGAAAAAGUUUGUGAAAUGGUAUAUGGGUUUUUACACAGGGUCGAAGAAGAAGAGUUCUUGGUGAUCUCUAUGUCUCUCUGUUUCUCUCUGCUCUAGUCAUGGUCUCUGUUCUCGCCUCUGGAGCUCGGAGCUUAAGGCCUUAAACCCGAGCACUUGCAUCGCGAGGAAAAUGGCUACACUGUUAAUGGACAAACACUUGGUUAUUUUAACAUAAGGCUAUUUACGUAUCUGCAUUGUUUCUGUGUUGCUAGAUUUUGCUUCAUUUAUUUGUUAGUAGAUUUGAGCAAUGUACAGCUUCAUCACUUAUGUGUUUCAAUUGUGGACUCUCAAUUGUCUUUUCCAUCAUGUCGGAGGAAUAAAGUAGCUUGGAUUUUGAUGCA